CCCCGGCUGAGGGGCUCCGGCACAGGCACCCGGCGGCGGCGGCGGCUCCCUCCGGGGUGAGGCGCUCGGAAGCCGCGGAGGAAGCCGGCUGAAAGGCGAGCGCAGAGCGGGGGGUCGGAGCCGCCGCCGCCGCCGUGUGGAGGCGGCUGAGCGGUGGGAGGGGCGGGGAGGGACCAGCCGCCGCGGUGACAAGGUGCCAGCGGAGCGGAGGGGCCGCCGCCUGCGCUCCGCCGCCCUCGCCGCCCGCCCGGAGAAGUUUGACUCGGGAGCAGCGCAGCCGCCCGGGCCGCCGCGGCGGGGCCGGGAGCCGCGCCGGGAGUCGCCGCGCCCGGGGCCGCCCGCGGCGGGACGGGGGUCGCCUCCGGCGGCGGCGGCGGCGGCGCUCCGGGAGCCGCCCCGCCCGCGCCAUGGCAGCGCGGUCCCGGAGACCCUGGCUGAGCGUGGUGCUGGGGCUGGUGCUGGGCUUCACCGCCGCCUCCUGGCUCAUCGCCCCCAAAGUGGCCGAGCUGAGCGAGAAGAGGAGGCGCGGCGCCAGCCUCUGCUCGUACUACGGCCGCUCGGCGGGUCCGGGCGCUGCCGGGGGCGCGGCGGCGCCGGGGCCGGGGCCGGGCGGGCAGCGGCCACCGCCGGAGGCAGCGGCGGUGCUGGGCGGCGGCACGAGCUUCAGGAGCAGCCCCUGGGAGCUGCCGCCGGCGGCGGCGGCGGCGGCGGCGGAGGGAACGGUCUCCAGCCCGGCCGCCGGCGGGGAAGGGGAGCCGGAGGAACAGGAGGAGGACGGCGGCGACAAGCGGAGCGGCCGGCCCGGCGGCAGCCACAACGGGAGCGGGGACUGGGGGGGUGGCCCGGGCUGCGCCAAGCCCCGCAACUUCCUCUACGUGGGGGUGAUGACGGCUCAGAAGUACCUGGGCAGCCGGGCGGUGGCGGCGCAGCGGACGUGGGCGUCCUCGGUGCCGGGACGCGUGGAGUUCUUCUCCAGCCAGGGCUCCGCCGCGCCCCCCGGGCUGCCCCCGCUGCCCGUCGUCGCCCUGCCCGGCGUGGACGACUCCUACCCGCCGCAGAAGAAGUCUUUCAUGAUGAUCAAAUACAUGCACGACCACUACCUGGACAAGUACGAGUGGUUCAUGCGGGCGGACGACGACGUCUACAUCAAAGGUGAAAAAUUGGAGGAGUUUCUUCGCUCACUGAACAGCAGUAAACCUCUGUAUUUGGGACAGACUGGUCUGGGAAAUAUUGAAGAACUGGGAAAACUUGGGCUGGAGCCUGGGGAGAACUUCUGCAUGGGAGGGCCGGGAAUGAUCUUCAGCCGGGAGGUCCUGAGGAGGAUGGUGCCACAUAUAGGUGAAUGCCUUCGAGAAAUGUACACCACUCAUGAGGACGUGGAGGUGGGCAGGUGUGUCCGAAGGUUUGGAGGAACUCAGUGUGUUUGGUCAUAUGAGAUGCAGCAAUUAUUCCAUGAAAAUUAUGAACACAACCGCAAGGGUUACAUUCAAGAUCUUCACAACAGCAAGAUUCAUACAGCCAUAACACUUCAUCCAAACAAAAGACCAGCCUACCAAUACAGGCUGCACAAUUACAUACUGAGUCGCAAAAUUUCCGAACUGCGCUAUCGGACCAUCCAGCUCCAUAGAGAAAGUGCCCUGAUGAGCAAGCUCAGUAACAGUGAAGUAAAUAAAGAAGAUCAGCAACUGGGAGUGAUGCCAUCUUUCAAUCACUUCCAGCCACGUGAAAGGGAUGAAGUCAUUGAGUGGGAGUUCCUGACAGGAAAAUUUCUUUACUCGAUGGUGGAGAACCAGCCACCCCGGCAAAGCCUGAGCACCGUCCUGCGGGCUGCACUGGAUGACACCGUGAUGCAAGUCAUGGAAAUGAUAAAUGAGAACUCUAGAUCUAGAGGAAGGCUCAUUGAUUUCAAGGAAAUACAGUAUGGCUACCGCAGGGUGGACCCUCUGCAUGGAGUGGAGUAUAUCCUGGAUUUACUACUUCUGUACAAAAGGCACAAAGGAAGGAAAGUUACGGUUCCAGUGAGGCGGCAUGCUUACCUUCAGCAAUUGUUUAGCAAACCCUUCUUCAAAGAAGCAGAGGAGCUGGAUGUAAGAAGCCUGCUGGAAGAUACCAACACUGACACUCAAUCUUUCUCUUUUCUUUCAAGUUCUUUAAAGAUUUUUUCCUCAUCAUUCCAAGGCACCAAAGACACGGGGGGACGCAGUAACAAGAAAAUACAUAUUCUUGUCCCUCUUACAGGAAGAUUUGACAUUUUCGCAAGAUUUAUGGAUAACUUUGAGAAGACUUGUCUAAUUCCCAGGCAGAAUGUAAAGUUGGCAAUAAUUCUCUUCAGUUCUGAGUCAGGCCAAGACACCAGAAAGCACAUAGAGCUAAUAAAAGAAUACAGCAUUAAGUAUCCUAAGGCAGAUAUGACCCUGAUUCCGAUGUCAGGAAAGUUUUCUAGAGGUUUAGGUCUUGAAAUGGCUUCAUCUCAAUUUGACAAUGGCACUUUGCUGCUCUUCUGUGAUGUUGACCUGAUAUUCACACCAGACUUCCUCCAGCGUUGCAGAGAUAACACUAUUCAGGGAGAACAGGUUUACUACCCUAUCAUCUUUAGCCAGUAUGAUCCAAAAGUUAUAUAUGGAGGCAAUCCUCCAGCUGACAGUAGUUUUGUUUUCACAAAAAGAACUGGAUUUUGGAGAGAGUAUGGCUUUGGAAUUACCUGUAUUUACAAAAGCGAUCUACUUACUGCUGGUGGGUUUGAUACCUCAAUUCAAGGCUGGGGACUUGAGGAUGUAGACCUCUUUACAAAAGUGAUAACAUCUGGCUUGAAGGCUUUCAGAAGUCAAGAAGUGGGAGUUGUCCAUAUUUUUCAUCCAGUUCAGUGUGACCCCAGUUUAGAUCCGAAACAAUAUAAAAUGUGCUUAGGGUCCAAAGCAAGUACUUUUGCCUCUACCAUGCAGCUUGCUGAACUCUGGCUACAGAAACAUUUGGGUGUCAGGUACAAUCAAACUUUCUCCUGACAUUGCAGCCUAUUUGGCCUUUUUAGGGGAGUUUACCUCAUUAUUGUUAUUAUUAUUUGAUUUUGCUGUUGUAGUUUUAAACUCCCUCCUCGUUGUCUUCCAAAGACUGUUGACCUCAAGUGAGAUGAGUCUGCUGUUCACUGAUGUUCCUUAUACCUACUGAACUGGUGAGGUGAAUUCCUUCAUAUUCCCUUUAUUUGAAAUUCAGUCAGUUCACGGCAAUCAUAUGAUCCCAUGGAGCACAUCCAUCAAAAGAGACUGCAUCAGAAGAAUGUUCUCUUUCAGCUUUUGGAUGCGGUAUCAUCUUUGUUGCAUUUCUCAGAUUUGAUGUGAUACAAAUAUUUACUGGUGAAGGUACCACAAAAGUGCUUUAUGCUUCUUCUGGGGAUGGAACUCUAUAAGAUAAACUUGAGUUUUAUAAUUUAUAUGAGGACUUGUAUGUAUAAACGCUACUUUUCUUCAUCUUUAGAAUUUUUAAAGUAAAUGAAUAACUAUGAUUGUACGUUUAUUUUUAAAAAAAAAAAAAAACAAAAACAGAAAAGCUGAGGAGCUACUUGCAAAUACACUGGUACUGGCUACCAAGGUCCUUAAAUGUCCUAUUAUAGUAAAAAACUCCUCACUGUUGUUCACUCUAAGUGUAAAUGAACUUUAUUUUCACAAGGAAAAGGAUUUAAUCAAAUGCUUCUGUACACUUUAGAAGAUUUGUGAACCAACGUCCUUCAUUUGCAGGCAAGAAGAAACUAUGACUUAACAUAGUCAUUUAUGACAAAGUGCAGGCAUACAGUAUUCUUUCUUUGAAACACAUAGUAUAAGUUGCUGUUUCUCUUUUUAGAAUGAAUCUAUAAUACAUAAUUUUCUUUUACAUUCCUUUCAUAAAGCUGCACUUGAUACAGAGUGUUAGAAGGUAAAGGGUGUAUCCUUUUUUUUUUUUUUUACAUUUUCCAUGAAUAUUGGUACUCAGUAGAAAUUUGUUGUUAAAAUAAUUGUAGAAUAAUUAUUUAAGUUUCAGAAUUUACUAUUGCUGGUCAAAGUUCUUUGCCAAUAUAUUUAUAUUAAUGGAGGUUGUAAGACUGUGUUAAGGUUUAUCUCUCUGGACACCCUGAAGUUGUCAUAUUGUGGAUUCACAGAGUAAAGUAUCUAAAAUGAUACCAACAUAAGAAAUAAUAAAAUAGAUUUCUGUAUUGUAGAGAAAUGUUUAUAUAGGGAUAUAUAUGUGUGUGUGCGUGCGUGUGUGUAUAUCCCUAUAUAUAUAGAUAUAUACAGAGAGUAAUUUCAAAAUUUGUUCCUCUUUUCAGUUCAGGCAGUGAUUUGUUGCAAUCAUUAUUUUUGCAACAUUCUUGAAACAUUUCAUAUUAUACUGUGGUAAGAGCUCAAAGGCAUCCAAGAAACCAUCAGAAUUCAGCAAAACUUAAAUUAAUACAGUGGGUACCUCUAAUAACCUCAGUACCCUUGAUUUCAAACUACAUUUCAAAGAGACCUGGGCCAGAAAAAGCAUGCAAUUAUUGAAUUUAAGUUUGAAAUUUUUCAGCUGUAAGAGACUCCUUUGUUGCCUUUCAAAAAACAACUAAAAGAUUGGAAUUCAUUGACACAUCUAUUUGUAUGAAAAUAUCCUGAUAAAUUUCCUAAGGCACAAGGAAAGUGUGUAGAUCAGUUAAUGUUUCUCAUCUGUGGUUCUCUGUUCUGGAUUCACCAUGCAAGGAAAAACGCAUCCCUGCAAAGGAGUGAGUAAAUUCAGAAUUAAAGGACUGGCCGUAGCUUUCUGUAUGCUUUAAAAAAGGCUCUCCCCAUUGUCUUGGAGAAGGUAGUAAUUGUGGUAGAUGGGAACAGAUAGAUGAUAAUUCAUGCUUGACUGCCCUCCCCAAGGAGAGCUGCUGGCUUGUUAUUCUCCUGGAGGCUCUUGCCUUCCUAGUAUUGUUAGCUCAAAUGUCUGAAGAAAGUGAAAUGCAGUAUUACUUAUGAAAUAAUUCUUGGAAACCACUCUAAAUUGAGUGUAGAGGUCAUGCUUUGUUCAGUCAGAGGUCCAAGAACAAGGAACAUACAAUUUAUUUGAUCAGUCUUGACUAACUGAUGCAACUCAGAUUGUAAAUACCAAAAACUGAAUGCCUGUUGAUAAAUGUCUGUGAUGAUUUCACAAACAUGAAAAAAAGAAUUAAUUACAAGGACAUCUAAGGAAAUCAUUGUCCGCUGGGAUAUGUUCCAGUCCUUAUUUCAAUUACUUAACUUAGUGGCCAGAAAGUAUUUGCUCAGCUCAAAGUAAAAUAGUAGAUUAGAACAAGAAAUGAAACCAAUCAUUCAGUGGGGAUAAAGAUGUAUACAGAGGGCUUGCAGGAUCAGGUCCUACAUGAUAUAAGCAAAACGCUAGUAUUUACCAGUACAAAUAUUUAUUUAGUGUCUGACUGAUUCAUUUGUUUAUAUGAUGAAUUACUUUGUUAAAAACCUGAUUAUAAAUGUUUAUUAUGAAAUACUGCAUUGUCUUUUGAAAUAACUAUCCUGAGAUAACUUGAGAACUUGUGUUAGUUUGUUUAAGGAAUAAUAUGCCUUCUAAGGAGAUAAUAUUAAAACAAAAAAAAGCACAAAAGUGUUAGAGUAAUGUUAUGGACGUAUAGAUUAAGAUGGGAAUGUCUGUGCUAAUCAACUGUUUGCUUGUCUAGUCUGAGUCAUAAUCUUGAUUGUAAAAUGAAAUUUCUCUGUGUAUGAUGUCCCUUUAUAAAUGCGUAACUAAUGAAUUCACAGUAGAACGUAAUGACCAAUUUUUCCCAAACCUCCUUACCCUGGGAAUAGCUUCCGUAUUUUGAUUGCUGGGAAGUGCGUUGUGAACUGCUCACACUUUGGCUUUUCAGAUACUGCCGUUCUUAAAAAAAAAUCUCUGCAAUCCCCACGCAGAAACCUCAGAAAUCCCCACGCCACCCCCAUCCUGACAUGUUUUUCCAUUUACAGUACUUAAUUUAGCAGAGCAUUUGCAUCUUCUUGAUGAAGGCAAAACAUCAGGUUGGGCUUCCUAAGACUUGCUGAGUGUACUCUGCAUCAGGGUACUGGUUCUCAAGCUGGAGAAAGGCAGAGGGCCAGGGGGACACAUAAGACUCACCUGUGGGAGUCAGCACCUUCUGCCCAAGUCACCUCCUUGCAACCACCAGCGCUGCCAGAUGCCUCUCCUUGGAGCUGCAAAUAGGCAGAGCAAGCCAGCACAGAAGAGCUGCACUGGUUACCACCAGCUGCUUUUGGGAAGCAAAAGGGCCAUUUUAAUCAGGGCUUGGGAGGAAUGACAGGAGGAUGCUGAACUGAAGUUUCAUUGGGUUGGGGUGUCAAGGUAUCUCCUGCAGAUUCUGUGUCUCCCUGUCCCCAGGUGGAAAGAGUCUGGCCCCACACCUCUUCCCUCUUUCUUCUCAAGGAGCAUUGUGAAGGAAGGGGCUGAACCAGCAGUGCUUCCACUCAGUGGGGCUAGUGGGCCUGGACCAUGCACUUGGAGUCUUACCAUGUCAUGGGACAUGCAGGGAGAAAGCUGCCAAGCGGUAUUCCUAAAAAGCAGUGCAGAGAGAAGCACCUUCUGCACUCACCAAAGACCAUAAGGAUGUGCACAAAAGUGCCUUUUGGAGCCUUUGUACCAGUGUGUGCUUAACAGUGCCUCAAGAUUCUUGCAACAAUUAUGAUGCUGGUAAAAUGGCUCAUCUCUGAUCACUGCGGAUCCUGAGGAACUGUGGAGACUUCCAAGGAGCAUGAAUUAACAACCACUUUCUUUAAAUAGAGCAAAUAAGCAAUUUAAACUUCUGCUGGUUUCCUAAGAAGUAAUUCUAGCGAUUAGUUAAGACAUAGUUUGCCACACAGAUGAUUUUGCUCCAAAGAACAAUCCUAGCUUUAAGAUAUAAACAAAACACAUGUGCAGUCUACAUCUGAUUUCUUGCAACUUGAAAUCAGUUAGGAUUUUUGGAAAAAAAUAUGGACUAAGAAUUGGUGAGCUGCUGACUAGAGGAAAGUUUUGUAUUUCUGCUCUAUUUUUAAAAAAGAAUCAGAUGAGAAGGAAACAAAAAAUGCCUGUAGUAGAUACACACAGAAAUCAGCCAUGAUGUGUGGAUAGCAGUGAUGAUUAUGGUCCUAAACUGCCGCACAAUGAGAUGUUUCACAGAAGUCUAACUAUUUACAAUAACUGAAUAUCACUGAAGGUUAUGCUCUGUCAUAAGUCUGUAAGUAACAUACAAAGUUAAGUCAGUCCAUUUUUAAUUCAUUAAUUUCUUAGAAUAAUUUUCUUUACAUUUUCUUCUGUCAGCAUUUAUUCACUUGAUUAAUGAGCUAGCUUUUCAUGACUCACUCUCUCUUCCUCUUUUUUUUUUCCAUUUGCCGUAUAUAUUUCUUCAGUAUUUGAAAGUUUUUGAGCUAGCAUGAUAUUUCUGUUAUGGUUUUAUGAUGUCACUGCCAUAUAAAACUGCUGAACUAGAGUAUUUUGCUGAAUGAGUUUCCAGUCCUGUUUCAAAUUGUUUCCAUUUGUCAGUCACUCUUAAGUUAAAAGUGUUCUGAAUAUUAUUACUUCAUCCCUUCCUCUGGUUUCCUUCGUACUGGAAUCCUACCAAGGCAAUGAAAUGCAAAAUCUUUCCAAUACUUAAGUCUAGGAAAAUGAACAGAAUCUGGGGAUUUUCAUCAUCUCUUUUUUUUGUUUGUUUGGGAUUUUUUUUUUCUUCAGAUCUUUUAUUUGGAAUUUCAGAAGUAUAUUUAUCAGUUCCAUAAUUUUAAUAAAAUAAAUAAUGUGUAUUAAGAUGUAAGACAGCACAUAUAUGGACUAUGUGAUACAAACUAAUUUUACAUCCUUAUUUUCUAGGAACCUAAUUAUUCAACAGAUGUUUUCCAUUUAUAGGAACUUUCAAGAUAUAUUAAAAGGAUCCUUGCUGAUUAAGUGUUUAUUUAGCAUUAGUGGAAAGCUUAAUCAUGUAGGUAGAGAUCAAAAGAUACACUAUAUACUGUAGGCUGAUGGGUUUUGUUUCUUUUGUAGCGCUGGUGGGAAGAUGUCCUCAGGUCUGCAUAGGAUGCCUGCAGUGUGGUAGUGUUCUUCACAAAUCAGCCACAUCUAGCAAUGAUUUUAAGUGACUGCAAAGCUACGGGCAUAGUAUCCAGCUUAAUGCAGCAGGCAAGACUUACUGGACUUGCCUAAACAUGUGAGAGACUGAUCCUCAGAUUCAGAGGGACUGUGGUGUGGCAUAAUCAGAUGGUAGGUACAUAGGUCAAAUACACCUGCUGCCACAACUUCUGGACACACCCACUGAAGACAUUCAUACAAAAAGGAGACCCCAGCAAUGCAAUGGGCUCUGUGAAGAUAUUCCUAAGAGAGAUGUAUGCUAGCUAAUGUAGGUGCCAAAUACUUUUACUUAGAGCAGGUAAAUUGCCUUUAGGUGAUUUCAUCGGGGGGAAGAAAAAAGCAAUAGAGAGAAUAAAGUGAAUGAUGAAAAAAAAAUGCUUGUGCUUGAGAUCAUGAACAUUUUUAUUAUUGGUUAUUUGGGGAGCCUUCAUGACUUGCUCUCGCCCUUGCUUAGGGUAAUAUGGAGCAAUAUGCUGAGUUUAUUUUCCACAUUUGUCCAUAUGCUGCUGACUAAAGAAAAGAUAAACUCACUAAUGCUUUGAAAAGGGUAAUUGAACCAUGACUGACCAGAGAGAGAACUACUGUGCAUAGUUAACUUCAAAAUCAAAGCUUAGAUCUGCUCCCAGGUAAGGACAAUUCUCUUAGCCGGCUGUCGUGGGCAGACAUAGGAAGUAGAAGCCUGAAUUUGUACAAAGCGCAUGGUACCCAGUGAUCCACCUUCACGCUUCUAGUGUGUGACUGCUGGGAAGAGGCACAAAGUCCAAACACAGUGCUGCCAGCAGUUGAAGAAUAAAAAUUAGGAAUGCAGGUAAGUGAGGAAUGCAGAAAAAGUGUUUCAUGGGUGACAGGAUGGAUAGGAAUGAUGUAAAUCUAGAGAGGUGCAUGUGUAUCUUUCUUAUGUUAGGAGAGUGGAACACAAAACUUGUUUUAAAGUAGAACUCAUCUUUCCUUUCUUCCUGAAAGCUUUGUGUUCCACUUGUACGUGCAGUGACAACUGCUGAAACCAUGUGUAAGAAUACCAAAACUGUAGACCUUUCACACCUGGUUUGUUCUGACCAGCAUGCCCAAGUUCACUGCAGUGGUAGUUUAACUGGCAAUUAUGGCUUCUUCCUGUUCUGUUUUAAGACGUGGCACACUUUAUUUAACUGGGAGCGAGAUCUUUGACAGCUUUGUUCUGUUUGUGCCUAAGAUGCUCUAGUCUUUCCAUUGUAACUUCAUAUGUUGUACUGUUAUGUGGUACAUCACUGCUUUAAAUGAAAAAGGGUUUCUUUAAGCAAAGGCUUCUGGACAGUAGUGUACAGCUGCAAGCAAAGCUACAUGGUU